AUGGCCGUUCCAAUCAGUCCUGCCCGAUGCGUCAGCCAACACGUCGACGACGCAGAGGGCGACGAUUUAGAGGCAAUUGCGAAACACAACGAUCGGACGAGUCGCAAGUGCAACACGUUCGCUCUUCGUAACAAUAUUGACAUGUCCCAGCUAGGUCGUACACACGCUAAAUGCGGUUGCGUAGACGGUUGCAAGUGUUGCGAAGGUGGGGAAUGCGAGAAGGGCUGCAAGUGCUGCUCGAAAGGCUGUGGCUGUGGUCCCGACUGCAAAUGUGGUACGUCGAAGUGCUGCGGAAGUGAGAGCGGACAGAAGUGCUGUGAUGAAGGAAAGAAGUGUGGCGAAAUGGGCAAGAAGUGCUGCGAAGGCAAACCGUGCUGCAAGUAA